AUGAUCUUCGAAAGCAUGCCGUUAGUGGGCAACCCCACCACAAACUCCAACCCAUCUGCCGAUGGGCGAUUGUAUGGGCGAAACUUUAACGCCGAGGUCUAUGGCGCCGAAGUGCGAGGGCAGCGCAUGAGGCAGUACUAUCACUCUGUGUUUCGAUCCGACGGCAUCGACGUGGCUGUGCGUAACGUCGCCGUGGUGCAGCGACCCUGGCUGCAUCGCUUCUAUCCCAAUUGGCGUCGAGGUCGUAUUUGCUGCCAGGCUGUGUCCGCCCAGUUCAGCCGAGGGAGGCUGCACGUAGUGGCCGACGUGGACGGUAUUGCUGCGGCGUCGCUGAUGACGGUAAUAGCAGGGCGAGGCACAGAGGCGUCAGGGGAUAUCUGGGUCGGUGAUGCGGCUGUCGACGCGCAAACUCGACUGCGCCUCAUUGCCUACGUUGGGGCCGAGUCCCUCUUCGUCCCUCUCCUGUCAGUGAAGGACAAUUUGUGGUUUGUGGUGCAUCUCCACUGCAAGGAGCAGCGCAGUUGGACGCGAGAGUUGGUGCUAGCCGCCGCCAACUUCGUCAGUCUCGAUCUCGACAAGAAAGUUGCAGACCUCUCACAGUCGGAGAAGUUCCGCUUGGAGGUGGCUCUUGAGCUCGUACUGGACCCACCGGUGCUGUUCUUUUCAUACCCCUUCGACACCAUGGGUCUGGUAGAGCAGAACGAGUGCACCCAGCUUCUCUCUCGAAUCUGCGUAGACGUGAUGAAAACAGUGGUGCUGAGUACGCGAUCGAUGGCCAUGCCCCUGCACAGCGCCGCCGAUACACUCCUCCUAUUUGGUGCGGGGGGAGUGGUGUUGUUCUCCGGGAAGUGCCAAGACGCUAUAUCAUACUUCAACUCCCUUCGCAUACCGAGGCACAUACCGCAGCCACUUUGGAAAGGAGUGCUAGGUCGUGGCGCGGAAGCACAAGCUGCCGAGGAGGAUCUGCGGACUUUCCACGCGCCAUCGCUCCCUCCCACCGAUUACGACCCCUUUUCACAAAGGGGUGUGAAUGUGCCAGGGAGUCGCUUGUAUUCAGUCAUAUGCACGCCACCGCGACUUUCGUCGCCCGUUUUUCUGAUGGACGACCUGAAUGGCACGCCGCCGCCGGCACCGCUCUACUGCCGUAGGUCUGAAGGGGGUAGAGUGUCAACCAGCGCCGUUGUGGAAGUGGCGACCAGCGGAGACCUGAUGGACUUGGCGGUGGAGUGGGCCGAGAGUGAGUCGCAGACCAUGUUCUACGCCGCCAAGUACUACGACUCAGCAGUGCAUGCGGCUCUCCUUUCAUCGCUGGACUCUGCCAACGCUCGAAGCGCUACCACAACGCACGCCCUGCCUCCUCCACCCCGUGCACUACCACAUGGCCUCUGGCGCUUUGGUGUGCUGCUCAGGUACACACUAAAGCAGAUUGCGGCGGAUCCUGAGCUUCUGUUGGGCGUUGCGUUCCUUUCCAUCGGGCUGAUCGUUCUCACUGUCGCGGUGCACUCGCAGCCAGAGAAUCAAGGUGGCAUGUACAACAUCCGCGGGCUCAUCUUUAUAGCAUUUGUGCUUGUCCUUUUUUCGAACCUUGCCGCGAUCGAGAGCAUGCGUGACCAACUCCGCGUUGCUCUCGGCCACCGGAAGCGAAAGCUGUACGGCCCUCUGAGCUUUAUCGUGUGUCUCUGCAUCCGCAUUGUGCUCAUCCGCAGCGUCUACUUGGCCCUCUUCCUGCCAUUUGUGCUAUUCGUCUUGCGCUCGUCGUACUCACUGGCCAUAUUGGUUGGCCUCGUCACCUGCACCCACGCUGCGUUUCAGUAUUUGGUUACUCUGCUUCCCUCGCGGCGGUGGGUGACGUGGGUCUCGUACGCGUACUUUGGAUACAGCAUCAUUUUCUCAGGGUUUCUCCUGAACCUGCGCACACUUCCGCCUCUUCUCGGCGUUCUCAGCAUCCUGCGGUGGGGAUACGGUGCCGUGAUCUAUACUUGGCUACAUGGUAAAUCAUUCCAGUGCGACGGGGCUGGGAACACCUCCUACUGCUACACCGGCGACGACUAUCUCGCCGUGGAGGGGCUGGAAAAUGAGUCUGUCGCGUCUUCCGCCUUGAUUCUAGCCGUUUUGGGUGCUUCCAUGAUGGGGCUUCUACUUGUCUUGUGGUCACUGAGGAGUGCCUAG